AUGUCCGCUGACAAAUACUACACUCUUGCUGAAGGCUGUCCCUUCGCAAGCAGCAGCACCGCUGUGCUUAUGCGCAAUGGAAAAGGUGGUGGUCUUGGUCUGCUACAGGAUACCCAACUAAUUGAAACCUUGGCACAUUUCUCUCGUGAGAGAAUCCCAGAACGUGUUGUCCAUUCUAAAGCGGUCGGAGCGUACGGAGAAUUCGAAGCCACUGCCGACUGCUCCGAUCUAACAUCUGCCAGCUUUCUUAAUAAGGCUGGCAAGAAGACUCCUGUUCUCCUUCGAGUCUCCACUGUUGGAGGAGAGUCGGGCUCGGCUGAUACUUCACGAGAUGUUCAUGGCUGGGGAAUGAAACUUUACACGGAUGAAGGCAACCUAGACUGGGUCUUUAACAAUACUCCGGUAUUUUUCAUUCGGGACCCCAUCAAGUUUCCCUCUAUGAACCGCUCACACAAGAGACACCCACGAACUCACCUUCCUGAUGUGAAUAUGUUCUGGGACUUCCAUGUCGGCAAUCCAGAAGGGAUUCAUCAGCUCCUGGUUCUUUUCAGUGACCGUGGAACUCCCAAAUCUGUCCGCUUUUUGAACUCCUACAGUGGUCAUACUUAUAAGUUUACUAAAGAGGAUGGUUCAUUCAAAUAUAUCAAAAUCCAUAUGAAGAGCCGACAGGGAGUCAAGAGCUUUACCCAAGAAGAGGCAACUAGGAUUGCAGGCGAGGACCCCGAUUACAUGAUUCGGGACAUGUUCGAGGCUAUUGAGAGAAAGGACUACCCUUCAUGGGAUGUAUUUGUCCAAGUCAUGGAUCCCUCCGAGGCCGAGAACUAUCGUUGGAAUAUCUUUGAUAUGACCAAAAUUUGGCCCCAUGAGGACUUUCCACUGAGACAGAUCGGCAAACUGACCUUGAAUCGCAACCCUAGCAACUAUUUCGCCGAUAUUGAGCAGGCGGCCUUCUCUCCGUCUACUAUGGUACCUGGUUUUGCAGCCUCAGCCGAUCCUGUCCUGCAAGCACGCCUGUUCGCCUAUCCCGACGCAGCCCGUUACCGCCUUGGCGUCAACUACCAGCAACUCCCCACCAAUGCAGCCAAGGUACCCGUAUACUGCCCCUUUGAGAGAGACGGCAAAAUGAGGUUUGACGGUAAUUACGAUGGUGAUCCGAAUUACGUGAACUCUUCUCUUCAGCCCACCAAGUUCUACCCCGAAGUCAAAGGCAGCAACCCUACGUCCCUGAGCCUACAUACCGAGCACGAGAAGUGGGUUGGCGAAGUCAUAACAUACACCAGUCACAUAAACGACGAUGAUUUCCUCCAGCCUGCGGCGUUAUGGGAUGUCAUUGGUCGCGAUCCAGGACACCAGGACAGAACUAUUAACAACCUUGCUAGGAGUAUCAGUGGGGUCAAAUCACCUCAACUGCGCAGUGCAGUAUAUGCACUGUUUAGCCGAGUCAACCAGGAUCUUGGCGCAAGGGUAAAGAAGGCGACUGAGAGUUUUAUUCAAAAAUAA